AAAUCAACACAUGGCAAUGUGUUAACACAGUCAAAAGGAAAUGGCGUAUAUCCGCCAUUGCUCCCAUUGCUUCUUCUUCCACCGAGCACCCUCGCGCGCGCACACACACGCACUCGCGCUCGCGCACACACACACACACACAUGGACACAAGCAACUAAUGACGUCGGACUCAUGCUGCGUAAACACCGACAGCUUCUCGUGGACGUGUCGUGAAGCAGCGCACGAUUCCACCGCAGUGAAAGUUGUGUUCAUUGGGUUUUCUAAGGGAAGUGCCCCGUCAACGCACUAGUUUGGGAUUUGACAAGCAACACAUAUUCAUCCGCUUCUACAUGAGUGUCAAGAGCACGGCAGUACCCGGAUGGAGUGUCAUGGCCGCCGUCGCUGUGGUUCCACAGAGAGGAGAGAAGGAAGGCAAAUGUUUCUGAUGUGUGUGUGGGGUUUUUUUUUUUUUCAAGCUCAGCCUUGUUUCCGUGAUGUCGGAUGUUGACGGGACGCCGCCUCAACUUGCACCGAGUUCAUAGGACAGUGGCCAUACUACAAGCUCCUGCUCUUCAAAGAGGACAUGUAUUGAUGUUUUCCUGAACGAGUACAGAUAUCUGCAAAUUUACAACUAUGGAAGAAGACUUCAUAAUACCUCAUGAUCCUGCCAAAAACUGCAGCAUAUCAGUAAUAGUGGAAGAAAAAGACAAGGUAAAAGACUUGUAUAAGCAUUUCAGAGAAGUGACAGAUGGGUCACACUUAAAUAAUGCAGAAGAAUCUUCCAUCAAGGAGCAUGGAAGUUCCACCAAGAAAGAUAAACCAGCACUCAAUAAAGGCCAUUGUAAAAUUCAGCAAGGGGCUGUUUUCUCUGGAAAGAUUCUGAGUUUUGGAUGCUGCGUGUGUAAAGACGAUUCCACAUACAGCCCCAAUGAUCUCCUCAAACAUUUCCGAGCGGCCCAUGAAGGAACCCUUCCGACAUACCCUUGUGAUCUGUGUGGCUUUGUCACAAACGAGUUUCCUGCUCUCCAACGCCAUCGGAUUGAGCACAAAAAUACCCUCGUUACAUGCGAGCUCUGCAACGAUGAUGUUCAAUACUCUCUGCUUUUGCUCACCAGACACUACAUCAUGUGUCACAGUCUAAAUGGACAGUUUAACUGUGACUGGUGUGAGUUUACUACUGUGGAUGCAGGGACAUUCGUGCAACACAUCCAUCAUCAUAAUGAGAGUCAUUGGAAGUGUUUAAAAUGCAGACACAUCAGCUUGAACGAAGAAGGUCACCAGAGGCACAUGAAAGCUCACUCGGAUACAUUUCCCUUCACUUGUCAGAUCUGUGGAUAUGGUGCAACACGAAGCGAAUACCUGAAAAAACACACUUCAGCUGUUCACAAACAGGAGGCUGAGAAAAGGAAGGCUUGGAAGUCCAUAGAAGACAGCAGCAAUCCAGCAAAUGCAACUGCAACCUUAAAACUGUUGCUGAAAAAGAAUUCUGAAGCACAGGAGGGUCAGAGGAUAUCAAAAGUAAACUGUUUUUCUGGGAGUUUUUCCUUCCAAAAUGGCAUUUCAUUUGAGGAUGCCCACCACUUUGUGGAUGGCACUAUUGCAAAAAAGGACACUAAAAACGGGAGCAGAGGUUCUCAUAACACAGAACAGUCAACACCAGUAAUGUUACCAGAAUGUGACAACUCUGCCUGCUCUGAUGCUGCCAUUCACACGAAUCCUAAUGCGCUGACUGUUCUGAUGGUUAAGAACAAAAUUUCUCUUCCUCCCAAUUGUACAACCAAAGUGAUGGGAUUCAAAAUGGUUGAUGGCAAAAAACAUUUGGUCCUUAAAGUGAUCCCAACAGCCAAACAAGACUCAACCAUUCAGAACAAUUCCUCAAUUGAAGAUGUGGGAUUCUUGGAACAAAAUUCUGUGUUGGAUGAAAGGAAAGACUCUGUUGAGAAUGGGGAAAGCUUUCAUAGCAAGAGCUCUACGUCACAUUGUUUUACAGCUUCACCAAGAAUUGAAUCUUGCAUACAGAUGGAUCAAGAUGAUAUUAUGGCAGUAAAAGUGAAGAUUGAGGAGGAAGAAACCUCUGUUUGCCACCUUGAUUCCACCCCACACAGAGAUUAUGUUGAGACAGAAGCUACUCCUUUACAAAAAAUGUCUUCGGCUUGUGCUGAUAUCUUCUAUUCCAUAACAAAUGAUCAUGUGAGCGACCAAAAUCACCCAAGUCAAACAUGCUCAGAGAGAAAUACAUUUGAUAGUAACUCAAUCUCUGUAACAGUUAAUUCUGAUGCAACUGGCCGUAGCAGUUCUAAAAUAAGUAAAACUUUAACAGCAUGUGCUAGUAACAACACUGUUUUAUCUUCACCUUCAAAAGUUGCUCAGGAAAAACUGCUUUCCAAAUCUGUCUCCAAAAAAACUACUAGAAACCUUGGUGCUGCAAAUGAGUUAUCACUGACUGACAGAGUGGCAGAUAAACCUAUUAAGGAACACAAAGUAAACUCUUCUUUUCACAAUAUAGAAAAUGAUGAACAAUCUUGUCUAAGUACUCCAGACAUGACUAAUAGUGCUGGACCUGAGAGUAAACAUAAAAAUGGACGGCGAAAUUUAAGAAAGCUUUCAUCAAAUCCAGUGCCUGCAUCAGAGUCAUCCCCACACACUCCAGGUAGCAGAGAAAGUGCUCUGGGCACUGAAAACUGCACUCAAAAUUCACCGAACCAGGAAGUGUUUACCUUUCAUAAUUAUUCCAAGGAAACAUUCUGUACUUCACCUAACACUUCCCAAAGCUUUGACAAUAUGUCUGAAUACCCAUCUGACAAAGAAGGUUUUUGUGAAUCCUCACAGUUCAGCCUGACAUUGGCAGAGUCUCCAGAGCCAUUCAGGGAAAAGGGCAAAGGGUCAACAAAUCGGGAGAGAAUGAAGAAUGUUUCAGGUAGUGAUUUUGAGGUUGAUGAGUGCAUAACUAGUUUUGAUGAUCCUGCCACUGAAGAUGAAAAUCCAGAGUCAGUGUUCCAAGACUUUAAUAUCAUCAAAAUUGAAGAGGACAGCAUUCCAAUAUCAAAAACGCAGUCAGAGUCAAAGAGUAAUUCAACUUCCUUUGCCAGUUUUGUAGAAGAACAUUCAGAUGAAAUCAUUACCCAACAGCUUCACAAGGAAAGAGUAAAAUGUUCAAAUGCCAGCAAUGAUUCUUUGAAACAAUCAAAAACAACUCUGCGAUUUCUUCAAUUGCCAGAGGGCAAGAAGCCAUUACUCCUGAGGACUACUGAGAAUCAAUUUGCCAUCCCAGGCUUCAAACUGAUAUCCAAUUCUUCAAAUCCUCAGAUUAAUGUCUCUUACUUGAAGCAAGGGGCAGAAAGAUCAAGUAACCAAACUGGUGGAACUUUAACCCCAAACAGCUGGACAGUAGGUGUAUCAACGCCAAAGGCAGGGGUGACUGAAAAAGGGACGGCUCUUCUCUCUGCUGUUCAACCAGGUGUUGGUACCACCUCAAGUCACUACCUUAUCAACAGACCAGGUUUAAAAGGUCCUGUACUCCUUUCAAGCUCACCACAUAAUACACCCAUGGACAAAUCGGCAAAGACACCACCUACUUGCUACUUGGUACAAAGGUCUCUUCCAUUUCUCCACACCCCCGGUAGUCCCGGCCUCAGACUGGCAAGUUCACAAGACCCACUGAACUCACGGCCAGUUCUGGCCAUGCCCAUGAGCUCUUCAGACAAACCCAGCACUCUGCAGCCUGGUCGACAAGCAUUCUUGCUCCGGUACAUUUCUCCUUCCAAAUCAGGCCUACUUCUGAACAACCAAGACACAAAGACUGGGAGUCAGUGCAGCCAUACCAGUGAGAGCCCAGGAAACAAACUCAUAUUCAAAAUUGUCACCCCUACUGGUAGCCUCCUUACAAGUGGUGCUCCCACCUCAAGCAGUCAACCUUUGUUUUUGGCCACUAGACCUCAGACCCAGUGCUUUCUGCUGUCAUCAAACAAAACUAAGGCAAAUGCCUCCAAUGGAGUCAAGAAAUUGAUGACCAUCCAAAAUACUGCACAGAAAGAUGUCAGGGGAUCUUGUAUUUCACCCACUGAACUGAAUGUAAAAGUGCAACCGUGUGAAGCAGAGAAGCCUAUUCUAGCCCCAAGGCCAAUUCGUCCUCCAAGCCAAAGGAAAAGGCGCAUAAAACCAUUGUUUGACGAACUUCCAGCAAGUGUGCAUAAAGCAAGAAGACUCUCAAAUAGAGUACUGACUGAGAAAGAGACUGCUGUCUUAUGGAAGCCCGUAGCCAAAGAAGUUGAAAGGACACUGAGACUUGCCCCAUUCAGUUCUCUACAGCAGGUCAAAUGUCCUCGUCGGUACCAACCCGUUGUGGUGCUCAAUCAUCCUGAUGCUGACAUUCCCGAAGUGGCCAAUAUCAUGAAGGUAGUUAACAGGUACAAAGGUGCUGUUACUAAGGUCUCUCUGUGUCAGAAAACAACCCAAGCACUCUCUGAGCUUGGUGCUCAAGGGAAGAACUACUCAACCAAAGGUGUGUCAUCUCGUGGCGAUGAUCCAAGACCUCGGCCAGUUCGUAGUUCUGUCCGAGAACGAUUCCUUCUGAAACUUAAGCUAAGGAAAAAAAGCAAAAAAAAAUAUGAGGUAGUGGAAAAUUUAUCAGGUUGUAGACAAGAGUCCAUGGUGUUCGACUGCUGGUUUUGUGGUCGACUCUUCAACAGCCAAGAAGAGUGGAUUGGCCAUGGCCAGCGGCACCUCAUGGAGGCAACUAGAGACUGGAAUAAACUGUUCUAAACUUUUCCAUUUCCUUCAAAUGGCUCCAUAUUCUGUCCGUAUGAGGUGGAACAAAUUAUAUAUGUUGUAUAUUUUUAAUGACCUUCCAUUAUGUUUGUUCUGAACAUGUCAAUACAUAUUCUUAGGUGAAUUAUAGUUUAUCUUUUCAUAUGUGCAUAUUCUGGUAAUUUAUGUACUGGUAGCAUGAUUGAUAUCAUGCAUGCACAGAUCACAUUGAACUGUGAAAAUGGUACACUGUAAUCAGGAGUUGUAGGAGCACUGGCUUAAAAAAGGGGAUAAUAUCAGUAAAGGUUAUAUUAGUUGGAUUAAAUGACUCAGGUGAUUUCAUAUUGAUUUGAUUUGCCAUUUUUGCGCAUAAAUAUCAAACAAGCAUAGGCCUAGUUCAAGGGACUUUUGUAUAUGUUAUUAUCCUGCACAUGAGGACAGGAAACUUUAUUGUACAGCUUAACUGAUGACAAGUUCAAUUGUUUUGCGCUUUUGUUGUAAAAAAUGUUCUGUCCAAAAAAUUCCUUUUAUGUACAUUUUAAUUAAGAGGAUACCAUUUUACACUAUUAUCAGGUGUAGUCUAGUUUUCUAAUGAGGAUUUUGUCAACCUGUAGCAUGCGUUUGUCAUAGGCAGAGCUGAGAUUUUUCAUAGUAAUGUUUUUAGUCUGCCAAAUGUGGCAAGCAGCAAAAUACUGAAUCUUUGACACAGGGAUACUUUAUUAAUCACUGCAAGUACUUGACAAAUGAAGAUCGGCCCAUAAUACACCCUAUGCAAUUUCAUUCAACUUAAGUUUUGUUGUGAGCAGCUCAGGCUUUUAGCUUGUGUUCAUGUUGUGAGACACGCAAUCACAUUUAAAUCUCAAUUUAAUGAUAACAUCUCAACAGUCCCGUAAAUUUGCUUUAAGAUGAGAAGAACAUUUUGUGGGUUGUAAUGUUCCUUCACAGUAGAUUCAGAUACAGGAUGUAAACAUCUAGAGAGACAUGACAUGACAAUCUGUAUCGGAAAAUACAAAAAUGUCAAAGUGAAGUGUUUUCAUGGGACCUGAAAGUAAGAUUUGGCAUCUGUUAAAACUUUGGAUACCACAGUUGACAAAAUAGUUGCAUUAUUGAAAUCAUUGUUUAUUGGAAAGGUACAAAUUCUCUCCAAGUACCCCAAAUAUUAAGUGAUCAGUGGUAACAAAUUACUGUACAUCCUUAAAUUUAACAAGUUAUUAAAGGCCAAAUGAUUAUUCCCCUCCGGGAAGUAUAAUUAUUCAUAGGGAGUAGCUUAACAGUGAUUUAUUUAAAAAAACAACAGAAAAACAUCUAAGUUAGAACAAUUUAUAGAAGUUAAAGAAAGGAAAUGGUACAAGGACCAGUAGUGAAAUAACAUCACAUAAGACAAACAGCAAGGCUUCUUCAUAAAUAUAAUGAAAGGUAAUAUGCUAAAAUGGGGAGCAUAGAAUGCUUGGCCAACAUUUAAGAAAAUGCAGUAUAUAUACACACACACGUUUUUUUUUCUUCUGUAAAUUUGUGUUAUAAACUGUCAGUCACACUAAUAUUGUAACAUGGUUUGGUUGCCAACAGGGAGAAUCAAACCAAAAGAAAUGUUUGAUCGGUUCAAAUCUGCCCAGCUAAGAAUGUCAAGUCCUGUGUAACUCCACCACCCGCUACAAAAUAACGCUGUAUGACCCACUUGGACCACUACAAAAGCUCUUUGGGAAAUGGUAAAAACAUAUGUUUGACCCUUUAACCUGUGUUACUGCAGCUAGGGCUGAUUAGAGAACGGAUAGACGUCACUUUUAUAAUGAGAGGGGCUGGCUGGAUCACCCCAACAUCUCAUACCAUUUUAAUGUACAGUAAGCACAUAAUGUGACAGCAGAAAACAUGUACCCUGUACAGGAAUAGCUAGGUGUGUGAAAUGGACCCAAGAUAAAAAUGCAGAAAAGGUUUUUUUUUUACUGUUUUUAGUUCGAUAAAGUUUCUUGGUAAUGUAAAACAUUCUGCGAGGUGAUUCAUAUUUACCGAUCUUUGGUUUUCCUGCUCUAUAGACGUAAUAGGAGUAGUAGGAUCCUUGAAGGUGAUCCACAUAUUUCACUUACCCCUUUUAUUGCAUUCAUGUUGUACUGUAAAUCUGCUCACUGUCUUCAAGCUCAGUAUGCUGUACAUACAUUUAUUUCAAUUUUACACCUCAUACUUUUACAGCAAAAGGACAUGGACUUAGUUUUUUCUUCCUGGGUGUUUAAUGAUUGUUUUUCAUGAUUAUCCAACUCUGUAAAUGAAUGUUUUAUUCCGUUCAAUAUGCAAAGUCGAGUGAAUAAUGCAAGCCAUGCAAAUAUUUUAAUAUUUUAAAUGUUUUUUUUUAAAACAGUCAGCCUCCACUAGCUGGUGUCCUGACCUCAGCAGGACAUUUCAAAGUUGAUUCAAACAAUGCAUUAAAUAAAUUACUAAUAUCCAUAGAUUAAGCAUCGAUAUUAGAGCUCCUUCAUUUGUGAGUCGCUAGAAAAACUUUUUCUCAGUCCAUCAGCUGUUUUCACAAGCUCUCCUUGAAGAGAUUGUUCUAUAUUUUACUGAAUACACUUGGUUUAUUUAAUUUGGUUUAUGCCUCUGUACAGGCUCAAGUCGAUGUCAGCCAAACUUGACGAGGCUCAGUCACUGCAUCUGGCUGGUGUGUGUCAAGAAAUGGUUCCAGUAGAUAACUCCCCCCAAAACCGCAAAUUGCCAUCCCUAAAUUCUUUAUGACAAAUAAAUCACAUGGAACAUGGAGAGCUGUUAGCUUGAAGUGUCUUCGAGUGUAUUUCUGGACAUUGAAAGGCCAGCGGUUUCCCCUGCUAACCACGCCAACCAUAAACUAACUCCAACUCUGUACUGUAUUGAAAUCCAUACCCAUCUUAUAUUUCUGUAUGUUGCUCUAAUAGAGAAACCAGUACGUGUGUUUGUCAGAACAUUGACUGUUCUUUAAUACACCAGGGUAGCUAUCUCCUAAAAAAAAAAAAAAAACUCUCCUAUGUUCUUAAUGAAGCCCCAUUUCAAAACCCAUCAUCUGUUUAUCCCUUUAGAUGACAGCCCAGCUCAAUCAGAACCUUUGUAAAAUCUACCCUUUACAAUUGAAGUUAAAUAUGCCAGCUUGUAAAAUGUCUGAAAUCCCAAGUGUUAUAGCUUUGGUUUAAGGACUUAAGUUAUCUCCUAUCCCCAAAUAGUCACGUUGUGAAUAUUUUUCUUCAAUAAAUUGUGCUGUUUGGAAUCAUACUCUCAAGGGCUACAUCUAAAAAAUACUGCUCAAAUAUACUUGAAAUGAAAAGAUAAAAAAAGUAACUCAAGGUUACUUAUACUUGCAUCUUUGCAAUUUGUAUCUCCUUUGGUUUGUGAUGAAUGUGAUUUGUAUUUUCUAAAAUGCAAGUGAUUUCAACAUUUUAAUGCCAAUACAGUGUCAAGAUUGUGUUUUGAUCUAUAGAGCUGCUCACGGCUGACAAAAGUGAGCCUCACAUCCAAACUCGGUGCAGUCAUUUGACAUGUGCACUGUUACUAAGCCUGCAUAGCUUUUGAUUUAGUGACUGCCUGAUUUUGACCACAGCCAAAUGGAUGCAAACAGUUUGUUUCUGAUGGGUUGUUUGUUUGAGACGGAUCCACAUGGCUUCACUACUACGUUACAAGCACCUUCGUCUGUUUUGCUUUUUCUUCACUGCUCUCAGAAGUAUUGUGAUAACUUGACACCGCUCAUUGUGUGGGGAUGUGCUACUAGAUCAUGUUAUUUGGUCAGCUGUUCUGCUCUACUCGUCAACAUACCAUAUUAUAGGUUUCUCCCCUCAAAUGCUGAACCCAUGAUGUACAGUAAACUGUUCCUGUCCAGCUGCCUGUUAAAUCUUUUUAGAAUCUUUCCUCAUGCUAUAAGUGCCUCAAAUGUCCUUUCGCAGGUUGACAAUGUGUACUGUGUUGUUUUGUUUAUCUUAGUGGUUCACUCUCCUGAAAUAAAUGUACAUACCUUA